GGGGAGGGGAGGAGUGGGCGGAGACGUGUCCAUAUCCAGACAGCAGCUGCAAGAUUGACUUUAAAUAGAAUUCAGGGAGAGCGAGAGGGGCUCAAUUUCAACCAGGUCCGGCGUGGGAGCCACAACACCGAAGGCAAAGCAGGUUGCUAACGGAGACGGGAGUCAUUUGGCUUUCACGGGGAGAUGCAGCGAACGAUGAUUGCAGUAAAGACGGACGGAGUACAGAGGGGGCUGAUCGGAGAGAUCAUCAGCCGGUUUGAACGUAGAGGCUUCAGGCUGCUGGCCAUCAAGAUGGUGCAGCCUUCUGAAGAUCUGGCGAGGCAGCAUUACAUCGAUCUGAAGGACAAGCCUUUCUACAGCGGUCUCUGCAAAUUCACAUCUUCCGGUCCUUUCGUUGCGAUGUGUUGGGAAGGGGAUAAUAUCGUUAAACUUUCCCGGGAUAUGUUGGGAGCCACAAAUCCUGCAGAAUCCCUGCCGGGAACGAUCCGCGGAGAUCUCAGCAUCCAGGUUGGCAGGAACAUUAUCCACGGGAGUGACUCUCCCGCGACUGCUGAGCGGGAACUGGCGCUGUGGUUUCGUCCGGAAGAGAUUGUAGUCUGGAAAAGCUGCCUGAACUCCUUCCUCUACGAGUGAACGCGUCUCUCCCGGCCGCGCGUGUCCGUGUUCACCAGCAUCGCCACCUUCUCCGGAUUAAUAAACACAUCGGCGCCUCCGCCGUUCCUCACA